AUGAAAUUGGCAUCCCUUUUCGUCGUCACAGUGAUAGGACAAGAGCUAGACUUAGCUGAAGACAUUACAGAAGAAAGUGCUCUGGCUGCAUUGUCUGAGGCUUUUGAAAUCGAUGUUACUGCUGAACUGAUCGACUCGGAGCAAAUAACAAGACGGCGUGGUGGGCAGGAUACCAGAAGUUAUGGCAAGGUCAAAGUUCUUCAGAAAUACUACAACCAUCAGGCUGGCAACAGUGACUUCGAGACGAAGAAACUCAAGCUCUAUGGAUGUCACUGUGGAGGAGGAACCAAAGGAGAUUUUGACUACACCAGUGGUGGUUCUGGAGUUCCUGUUGAUAGAAUUGAUUCUGUCUGCCGGGACUACGCGAACUGUCUUAAAUGCAUAGACGAGGCGUACGAUAACAAGUGUGCCCGUGAUACACGAUACCGCCUCGUAUUCCAAAAUGGCUUGCCUCUUUGCAAAAACGACGUCGGCUCAUGUCAGAGAUCUGUCUGCGAGUGCGAUCACCAAUUCGCCAUAAACAUGGCGGGAGUAUUUGAAGACUACAGUGGCGCAAAUUGGUUCCGUGGCGGAUUCGAUAGAGAUCUUCAGUGUUUCAAAAAAGACAAACGAUCUGCUGGUGAGGGAUUCGAAGUCAAGCCCGUCGGCUGUUGCGGUACGAAGGAGACAUUUCCUUUGAAUCGUAUCUACCGAAGCGACCAAUGUUGUGUCGAGCAAACCGCUACGAUCAAAGACAUCGGAACCUGUUAA